AUAGCAGUUUUUGACACAAGCUUCGCUUCGAUGACACUUCGUGUAUUUGAUAACAAAUGUGACUGAAGCGGACAAAAACAAUAAUAUUUUUUGUGAUGAACAUAUGCAUUUCUCUUGAUAUCCAUUGGAAUUAAAUAAAACUUUGUGUGUGUUGUUGUUUGGGUGUGCAACAAAAUGAGUGGAACACCGGUCGAGAUUCAUUGGUUUCCGCGGCAUUGUGAGCGUUUCGUGACUUGGGGCUCCGAGAUAAAUUUGUAUCAAAUUCGAAACACAGAAGAUGUUGACCAUCGUGUAUCAACAAAUAUAAAUUUAGAUAUAUCACAAGCAACAACGGCAACAUUAUUGGCAUCCGAAACGCGAUAUCAAUACAUACGCUGUGUGGCACCAUCAUUCCGAAGUUCGGGCGAUUUGCUAUUGGCUGUUGGUUUGGCAAAUGGAAAAGUUGGACUGUGUAAUUUUGUGUCGCCGAAUGAGAAUAACAUCGAAUUCACGCCAAAACAAUCGCGACCGUGUGUGUGCCUAUCAUGGCAUGAAACUGAGCCGAAUCUUCUGGCAAUUGGUCACGAUAGGAAUCGGUCAGAUCAUUGCAUCACCGUGUGGGACACCGAACGUGGUGUGCCAAAGGAGAAAUCCGUGUUGCAUUUUAUCGGAUUGUCGGAUACAGCCCACUCUUUGUGCUGGGACAAAACAGGGCGAAUUUUAUUCGCUGGAAUGAGUCACAAAUACAUGAAAAUGAUGGACCUAAGACAGAGCUCACCACCAGUCAGUGUGUGUAAUACAAGAGCUUUGCAUGGAUUGACAAUUGCCGCGAAUGGCCGCCUACUGGCGGGUUUCGUCGAUAAUUCCAUCCAUCUAUGGGACAUUCGUCGUAUUGAAAAACCGAUCGCCAUAGCAAACACCGAAAAGAAUAUUAGUGAUAUGAGCUGGUGUCCAUCACGUAAUUCGACAUUGGCAACACUUCAACGCGACUCACCGUUCAUUCAUUUAUUCGAUUUUCAUUGUUCGUCGCCAAACGAAUCGGUGACUGAUGUCGUCACACAUUCAAUCAAACGCAUCGUUUCACCGUUUCAAAAGAAAAUCAGCACAGCACCGAGAAACAUAACCAUUAGCAACAUAUCGUGGCAUCCAUACGAUAUGGAACGAUUACUUGCACUGUCCGGAUCGGGAAUUAUUUGUGAUUUUAAAAUUCCACAACGCAUUGCCAUUUCAUUUGAUGCAAUGAAUAAUUUGUGCGGAGCCAUUGGAUCGCAGCUGAAUUGCUUGAACACACCUUCACCACCAUCGACACCAUGCGAAUCGGUCAGCCCAUGGGAAAAUUCAAACAAUGGAGAGCACACUCCAAGUGGAUUUCCAGAAGACAUUGUCGAUAUUAUGCAUCGCAGAGCCAUCAACGAUUAUGGCAAAUUGACUGACAUUCAGAAAAAUGGUGACUUGGCCAAUAAUGCAGCAUUGAAGUCCGUUUGGCAAAUGCUAGCCCAUAUGCAUCAAGAAGAUUGCGGCCUCGGUUUGAAAGAGAUUAUCGGCAUUAGCGAAACUAUUUUAUUAACUUGGCAAGAUUUUCCAAAUGGACCAGCUAUGAAAGCUUAUAAGAGUGAUCAACGUGAUUUCAGUAGGCAUUUAUGCGGAUGGACAUUCGAUCGCAAUACUAAGGAUAGUUUCCUACAAUAUCUCGAUGGAUUGUGUGCUAAACAAGAGUUCACACGUGCUGCAAUGAUUGCAGUGUUUCAAUUGAAAAUCCGGCUUGCUAUCGAUAUACUGAGCAAAGGUGCUGAUAAUUCACUGGAGUCAAGCAAUUUGCGAAUGGCAGCUAUCGCUUUGUCUGGAUUUAGCUUUGAGAAAAGUGCCAUUUGGAGAUCUCAGUGUGCCACAGCACAGACGCAAUUGUCUGACCCGCAUUUAAGAGCGUUAUUCGCAUUUUUAACACCCGAAAAUGGAUCGUAUGAUAAAGUGUUGAACGAAAGUCGUGUAUCGAUUGGUGAUCGAAUGGCAUUUGCAUGCCAAUAUCUAUCCGACACAAAAUUAUCCGACUACAUAAAAACGAUGAUACAAACAUGUAUAAAAACUCGUGAUUUACAUGGUCUCCUGUUAACCGGUGCAACGACCGAAGGCAUCACACUGCUCCAAAGCUAUUUGGAUGGGACUGAUGAUGUGCAAACGGUUGCUUUGAUUGCGAUAAAAUUUCUACCAAAAGAUUUGCUCGAUGAUCCAAGCGUUCAAUAUUGGAUUCAGUCAUACCGUGAAUUGCUUGAUAUCUGGCGUCUAUGGGAGCAUCGAGCUCAUUUGGAUAUCAUGCUAAGUCAAUUAAAUUCAUCACCAAAACACUUGAAAUCGGUGUUUCUAUCGUGUAGUUUCUGUGGGAAAAAUGUGUCUGCAUGCAUGUACGAUGAGGCGCGGGCACGAUCCGCUUCGUCCAACAUCAACAAAUUAUCAUCGUGCCCGAGCUGUAGAAAGCCAUUGCCAAGGUGUUCACUAUGUUUGCUGCACAUGGGAACAACGAAUGGUGCAUCGUUCCAGAAUAAAUCCGGUCAUCCGUCGUCUGGAUGGCAAUCGAAACCAUUUGCCAAAUGGUAUUCAUGGUGCCAAAGCUGUCGGCAUGGUGGUCACACGGAGCAUCUCACACAAUGGUUCAGCACACACCAAGAAUGUCCAGUCUCUUCGUGUUCCUGCAAAUGUUUUGGCUUAGAUUUUCCACUACCACCACUCAAUGGGAUUGCAUCCGAGACGACUUACUAGAAAAAAUACUUAUCUCGAGAAACUUUUGAUCGAACUUGGUGCUUAAUUCAAUUAAUUUUUGUUUUUUCAUUUAGACUUUUUGAUGUUUUGUUCUUUUUUCGUUGCACUUUUCUUCGUAGCAAUAGCAGUAUGAAGCAAAAGCCUUGUCGUUUUGUAGUUUAGUCAACGAAUUUGUCUUAGAGUUUAAAGUCUAUUUCUGUACAUUUUGCAAAUGUUCAUCCAUUCUUAACUUUUCUAAAAAAAUCGUAUAAUAAAGUGAAAUCAAUAGUAAUGAAAGGAAAA